UGUGUCAUAAAGUUGACAGUGACAGUACUAUGAUAUGAAAACAAUUUCGUAUUUUCUAGUGAAUUGUUGUAAUAAAUAACUGCAAUUGUAUUUAUUAUUGUUUAAUAUUAACUAAAAUACCAAAAUGAACGUUAUACAAGCAGUGAAAUUGUAUAUAACCAAGAUGACGGAAGAGAGCGGGCCGGGAAUGAAAGUAAUCCUCAUGGACAAGGAGACAACCAGCAUUGUCAGUAUGGUGUUCAGCCAGUCAGAGAUAUUACAAAAAGAGGUUUACCUUUUUGAGAGGAUUGAUAGCCAUUCAAAGUGGGACAACAUGAAGCACAUGAAAUGUAUAGUGUUUGUACGACCUACCUCUGAAAACAUUUCACUAUUAUCUCGGGAACUUAGAUAUCCGAAAUAUGGAGUGUAUUUUAUCUAUUUCAGUAAUGUAAUAUCCAAGGCUGAUAUCAAGACACUGGCCGAGUGUGAUGAGCAGGAGACAGUGAGAGAAGUACAGGAGGUGUUUGCUGACUACCUUGCUGUGGACAGACACCUGUUCUCAUUCAAUAUUGUUGGAUGUUUGCAUGGUCGGUCCUGGAAUCAGCAUCAUCUGCAGCGUUGUGCUCAAGGCCUGCUUGCCCUACUCCUUUCCGUGAAGCGCCGGGCCGUGGUCCGCUACGAGGCUGCCUCGGAGCCCUGCGCGCGCCUCGCCGAGAGAGUGCGAGACUUAUUGCGCAGGGAGGCAGUGCUCAUAGACAACAAUAUACCCUUUAAUGGAGAGAUUCCUACACCACAGCUGCUAAUUGUGGACAGGAGAGAUGAUCCUGUUACGCCGUUGUUGAAUCAAUGGACAUACCAGGCGAUGGUGCACGAGCUGCUGAGCAUCAACAACAACCGCGUGAGUCUGGCGCACGUGCCCGACGUGCACAAGGACUUCAAGGAGGUGGUGCUGGCCUCGGAGCAGGACGAGUUCUAUGCCAAGAAUCUGUACUCGAACUUCGGCGAGAUCGGUCAGACGAUGAAAUCGUUGAUGGACGAGUUCCAGAAGAAAGCUAAGAGCCAUCAGAAGGUCGAGAGUAUCGCAGACAUGAAGAACUUUGUCGAAACCUACCCGCUGUUCAAGAAAAUGUCAGGCACAGUAACGAAGCACGUUACGGUGGUGGGCGAGCUGUCCUCGUGCGUGACUCGCCAUCACCUACUGGAGGUGUCUGAGCUCGAGCAGGAGAUCUCCUGCCAGAGCGAUCAUGUUAAACAUCUGCAGCGCCUCAAGAAUCUGCUAUCAAACGAGGCAGUCCGUCACCACGACGCAGCCAAACUAGUAGCCCUAUACGCCCUACGCUACGAGAAGCACGCCAGCAACGCCUUACCCUCCCUCAUUGAAGCCCUGAAGACAAGAGGCGCUCCGGAACACCUGGUCAAGGGUGUCGUCAACCUGCUGGAGUAUGGAGGAGCUCAUGCUAGACAGAGCGAUCUGUUCGGCUUGCAGGAUGCUGUCAAGAUUACUAAGAGGCUGUUCAAGGGUCUCAAUGGAGUUGAAAACAUAUACACCCAACACACACCCCUACUAAAAGAUACUCUCGAAGACUUAAUCAAAGGCAAACUUCGAGAGAACCUCUACCCGACUUUGGGAGGUGACGACGGCGCUUACGGACGUCGCCCACAAGACAUCUUCGUGUUCAUAGUAGGGGGCGCCACAUACGAGGAGGCCCAGUGCGUACAUCAGAUCAACCAGAUGUAUCCAGGAGUCAGGAUAGUACUUGGAGGCACGACUAUCCACAACUCUACGUCUUUCUUCGAAGAAGUGAAGUCGGCUAUGCAAGGGGUGCAUAGAACGCAUACUAGGCAUAUUAGAAAUGUUUGAAUUGAGUCCCUUUUUUGAAUAAAAUAUAUCCGAUCUCGUCUUGUAAAUGACAAUGGAAAGUAUUGAAUGAAUUGAGAUUGAGUUUCAUUUUUGAGGCAAGCUUACGAGAUUAGAAUUGCCGCUACUAUUUGUAUGAUUGACAAGAUACAAGAUGAUAUAAUUUAAUGCAUGUAUAAGGUACCUGAAAUGUUCUUGUUGCAUUUAGUUCACAUAAAUGGUCUUUGAAUAAAAAAUGUAUAACUUGACUUUUAUAUGGCAAUUGUUGUAAUGUGAUGAAAUUAUUGUAAGGUAUGCAAGCAAUAUCUGAGAAAGGGUAUCAGGAAU